AUUUGACAGCGCCAUCUCCACAAGCAGGCACAUUUCAAUGACAACCUGCAUAUGUAACAUAUAUUAAUUACAGAAUAAUAGAGCCACAUAACAAUGCAACGAGCCGUUUUCAAUGCACACAUUGCAUUGCAUGACUGGACGCAUGUUUUCAGUCCUUUGAGGAUACGACAAUGUUGUUUGAAGCACAGAGCACUACCAGUACAGCUCAGUUCUCGGGCAUACAGUGUGAUACCGCCCCCGCGCGACGAAGCAGAGAAGGCUCUGCUGCACAGUAUGUUGCGGGUGGACCACGCAGGGGAAUACGGUGCCAACCGCAUCUACGCCGGCCAGAUGGCAGUGUUGGGAAGGUCACAGACAGGACCGCUUAUUCAGGAAAUGUGGGAUCAAGAGAAGAAGCAUCUUGCCAAAUUCAAUGAGAUCCUUGCAGAGAACAGAGUUCGCCCAACGUUGCUGUUGCCCCUCUGGAACGUUGCAGGUUUUUUACUUGGAGCGGGCACCGCUCUACUGGGUAAAGAAGGGGCCAUGGCCUGUACUGUGGCUGUGGAGGAGAGCAUCUCAGAGCACUACAACAGCCAGAUCAGAGCCCUCAUGGAGGAGGACCCAGACAGAUACGUAGAGCUGUUAAAAUUAAUAAAGGAAUUCCGAGAUGAUGAGAUGGAACAUCAUGAUACAGGACUGGAGCACGAUGCUGAAUCUCUACCCGGAUACAAGCUUUUGAAGGGUGCAAUACAACUUGGCUGCACAGCCGCAAUAUUUGUGUCUCAGCGCCUAUAAAGUGAUGGGGAUAGUGUGUUAUCCUGCUAUACUAAGUACCGAUCCUGCUCUGUAUGAGAGGGUGCCUCUGACAUCCAAGCCACAGCCCACUUAUGUGUUUUCUGCCCCUGCCGGCCCAUGAACAGCCCGCUGAACUGUUUCCGCCCCCAACCAAGGCCCAUGAACGGCCCGCUGAACUGUUUCCGCCCCCAACCAAGGCCCAUGAACGGCCCGCUGGACUGUUUCCGCCCCCAACCAAGGCCCAUGAACGGCCCGCUGAACUGUUUCCGCCCCCAACCAAGGCCCAUGAACGGCCCGCUGAACUGUUUCCGCCCCCAACCAAGGCCCAUGAACGGCCCGCUGAACUGUUUCCGCCCCCAGCCAAGGCCCAUGAACGGCCCGCUGAACUGUUUCCGCCCCCAACCAAAGCCCAUGAACGGCCCGCUGAACUGUUUCCGCCCCCAGCCAAGGCCCAUGAACGGCCUGCUGAACUGUUUUCUGCCCCAAUGUCGAGAGACAUGCUUUUGUCUUGACAUGAGACUACUGUAGAUGUCUGAAAAAAUCUAACAAACUUUAAUUUGGAAGUGUAACGUCCCUUUAAACUUCACUAGGCAUUGUGUGUAUGUGUGUGUUUCGCCACCUGUACCCCAGCUGUUUUCUGCCCCUACCAGCCCACUAAGGAGUCAUUUCUCACUGGGGCCAGGCUGCUGGUUCUCAGGCAGGGAGUUAUUUUCCCCAGCAUGAGUUCAGAGGAGUUUUUUUUUAGAUGGGGUGGGUUUACAUAUCAGACCUGACCCUAAAGGUUAACAUGCUGUAACUGUGCUCUUUUUGUGCCCUCUGCCUUAAAAAUAGCCCCUCCCCCCUCAUGUAAAUCACCGAGCGGGCCAGCUGGCACACACCCCAAGAUGGACAAAACUACUCCAAAACUACCCCAAGAUGGACAAAACUACUCAAACGUAUUUACCCAUCCACCCGGCGUACUAUUAGCAGUAAUAGUAAAUCACCGAGCGGGCCAGCUGGCACACACCAGCUGUGUGACUUAUGACUUAUGACGACACAAACAGAAACGCACAUGUAUGUACAGUUGAAGUUGUAAGUUUACAUACACCUUAGCCAAAAACAUUUACACUCAGUUUUUCACAAUUAUUUAGUCCUAGUAAAAAAUCCCU